GCGCUCGGCGAUGACGUAUAUUCCCCGCGCCACGUCAUGAGGAAGUGUUAAGCCUCUGGGAGCAGUUAGGAGAGAGCUCUUGGGGCGCAGCGGUCCAGGAGGUGCCUUGAAAGGCCAGAGAGGAACUAUGUCAUGGAUCAAGGAAGGAGAGCUAUCUAUUUGGGAACGUUUCUGUGGCAACAUUAUAAAGUUAGGCCCGAUGCCCAGACACAUUGCAUUUAUAAUGGAUGGGAACCGUCGCUAUGCCAAGAAGUGCCAGGUGGAACGACAAGAGGGCCACUCACAAGGUUUCAACAAGUUGUCUGAGACUCUGCGCUGGUGUUUGAACCUGGGCAUCCUAGAGGUGACGGUCUACGCAUUCAGUAUUGAGAACUUCAAACGCUCCAAGAGUGAGGUAGACGGGCUAAUGGAUCUGGCCCGGCAGAAGUUCACCCGCUUACUGGAAGAACAGGAGAAACUACAGAAGCAUGGAGUAUGUAUCCGGGUUCUGGGGGAUCUGCAUUUAUUGCCCUUGGAUCUCCAGGAGCUGAUUGCACAAGCUAUGCAGGCUACCAAGAACUACAAUAAGUGUUUCCUGAAUGUCUGCUUUGCAUAUACAUCCCGUCAUGAGAUCAGCAAUGCUGUGAAAGAGAUGGCCUGGGGAGUGGAGCAAGGCUUGCUGGACCCCAGCGAUGUCUCUGAGUCUCUGCUUGAUAAGUGCCUCUACACAAAUCACUCUCCUCAUCCUGACAUCUUGGUACGAACUUCUGGGGAAGUGAGGCUCAGUGACUUCCUGCUCUGGCAGACCUCCCACUCCUGCCUGGUAUUCCAGCCUAUUCUGUGGCCAGAGUACACAUUUUGGAAUUUGUGUGAGGCCAUCCUGCAAUUUCAGUUAAAUCAUAACAUGCUCCAGAAGGCCCGAGACAUGUAUGCAGAGGAGCGGAAGAAGCAGCAGCUGGAGAGGGACCAAGCUGCAGUGACAGAGCAGCUGCUGCGAGAAGGGCUCCAGGCCAGUGGGGACACCCAGCUCCAACGGACGCACUUGCACAAACUCUCAGCCAGACGGGAAGAGCGGGUCCAGGGCUUCUUGCAGGCGUUGGAACUCAAGAGGGCUGACUGGCUGGCACGUCUGGGCACUGCAUCAGCCUGAAUGAAGCUGGGCUUCUGCCAUCGGCCCUGCCUUCCUUUGCCUCCAGGGCCCCACUCCCCUUUCUUUUCCUGGUGAAAGGCCCCUCCUUCCUGAUGAUGAAUGUGUUCCCUUGGCUUGGCAAGGGAGUCCCAGAAGCCAGAUCUGCUGGCAAUAGAUUUCUCUGACUGUCUGGGACAGCAGCUUCUGGGGAGAGUUGAGGGUAAGAGUCGCCCACAAGGACACUAAGCCAGCUCUGACCACCAGUAGCAGGGAAUACCAUCUCUACUGCUGCCUGCUCCUAUGCCUUUGCCUCCACAGCUUGCGCUCCUAGAUGCACUUUCUUUUCCCAUGAUACCUCCUUUAGCACAGGGAAUGGUGGGUAAUUUCCAUUUUCCCCUAAACCCAGCCCAUCUUUCUUUACCCACCAAUUUUCACAAAAGCUUUGGCUCUACCUUAGAUCUGCUGGUAAAUCGCUUAUAGGCGGUCCAGCAUUAUUUGGGCAAGGAGGGGAGGGAGAGACAGAAAGAAAAUUGGCCCAUCUGCUGCUCCUCCCCCUUGGCUCUCCACCUGGGAUUUUCUAUUGAAGUUCCCCCUGCCACCACGCAGUGCUGAUUGCUCACUGAAAGGCUCAGCGCCCCCAAUGGCUCGCGGAAGCCAGGCGGGUGAUUACAAUCCAAUUACCUAUUGUCGACUCAGCCCACACAAGCUUUUCUCCUCCUCUUGCAGGGCAUGGGGCCAGGCUUCACUCCCCUGUGAGACAGGCCCCCUCCAUGGCUACGGUGUAACAGAAGGGCCUGUGGGCCCUAGUGAAUCUAAUCCACUCCAGGCUUCUUCCCUGUAACACAUCAGCACUAAGAGCACAGAAAUAUC